UGUUGGGCACAGAGCUGUCAUCUUUGACUGAUUCCAGGACAAAAAUGACAGGACAUUGUGGUAGGGGACUCACUUUCUCAUCCCAUGGGUACAGAAACCAAUUAUCUUUGCCUUUCUCCACCACGUAAUGUACCGGUCAUCACUGGUAGCAAAGAUUUACAGAAUGUCAACAUCACACUGGGAAGGAAGGAAGGAAAGAAGGAAGGAAGGAAGGAAGGAAAUAAAUGGGUAUCUUUGCCUUUCUCCACCACGUAAUGUACCAGUCAUCACUGGUAGCAAAGAUUUACAGAAUGUCAACAUCACACUGCGCGUCAUCUUCCAGCCUGUUGCUAGCCAGCUUCCUCACAUCUUCACCAGCAUCGGAGAGGACUAUGAUGAGCCUGUGCUGACGUACAUCAUGACCAAGAUCCUCAAGUCAGUGGUGGCUCGCUUUGAUGCUGGAGAAGUAAUCACUCAGAGAGAGCUGGUCUCCAGGCAGGUGAGCAACGACCUUACAGAGCAAGCAGCCACAUUUGGGCUCAUCCUGGACGACGUGUUCUUGACAUAUCUGACCUUUGGGAAGGAAUUCACAGAAGCAGUGGAAGCCAAACAGGUGGCUCAGCAGGAAGCAGAGAGGGCCAGAUUUGUGAAGGAAAAGGCUGAGCAGCAGAAAAAGGCGGCCAUGAUCUCUGCUGAGGGCAACUCCAAGGCAACCGAGCUGAUUGCCAACUCACUGGCCACCUCGGGGGACGGCCUGAUCGAGCUGUGCAAGUUGGAAGCCACGGAGGACAUUGCGUAAUAGCCCUCACGCUCUCGGAACAUGACCUACCUGCCGGCGGGGCAGUCCGCUCCUCCGGCUGCCCCAUGAGGGCCUACCCUGCCUGCACCUCCGCAGGCUGACUGAGCCACAGCCCCAAUGAUUCUUAACACUGCCUUACCCCCCCACCCCAGAAAUCACUGAAAUUUCAUAAUUGGCUUAAAGUGAAGGAAAUAAAAGUAAAAUCACUUCAGAACUCUUAAAAAAAAAAAAAAAAAAGAAGAAAAGAAAAAAAUAACCAAUUUGUUAGGCCAGGUGGCUCAUGCCUGUAAUUCUAGCACUUUGGGAGGCUAAGAGAGAAGAUCUUGAGCUCAGGAGUUCAAGACCAGUCUGAGCAAUGUGAUGAGACCCCAUCUCUACAAAAAAUUUAAGAAUUAGCCAGACAUGGUGGUGCACACCUGUAGUCCCAGCUCCUUGGGAGGCUGAGGCUGGAGGAUCCCUUGAACCCAGGAAUUGAAGGCAGCAGUGAGCUUUGAUCACGCCACUGUACCCCAUCCUGGGUGACAGAGUGAGACUCCCUCAAAAAAGAAAAAAAAAAGAAAAGUAGCUGGUUGGUUAACAUCAGGUUACUUCAGGCUACUGUUUUUGUGUGAGGAUUAAAGCAGAGGGAACUUCAUUAUCAUGCUGUUUGAAGAUUUAUACUGUCCUGUUCGGGAAAUUAGGUGUUCUCUCUCUCCUGAUUUCUUAGAAGAUAACAUAGCUUAGUUUAGGCUUAGCGAUGUAGACCUUAAGGUGAAUGACUCCAUUUUUAUUUUUAGUCUGCCUUGUUGGGGCCUAGUAUAGGAGUUUAGUGGCCUCCUAUAAUUUUUAUUUCACAAAACAAAAGUAUACAUCAUAUCAGUGAAUAUUUGCUAAGAACAGGAAAGAGAAGUCUUCUUUUCAAAUAGCUUGUGGUUCAUUGAAAUGAAUUAAUCUAGGCACAGUGGCUCAUGCCUGUGAUCCCAACACUUUGGGAGAAGAGGUGGGAGGAUUACUUGAGGCUUGGAGUUUGAGACCACUCUGGGCAACAUAGCAAGACCUCCAUUUCUACAAAAAAUAAAAAUAAAAAUAAUGAAUUAAAUGCAUAAAGCAAUUAGAAAAUAUAAUAAAAUGUUAAAUUAUACAUUGGCAGCAACUACUUAGAAUCUACCAGAAUGGGCUUGGGUUUUCCUUUUCUAAACUCACCUCUGAGGAAGAGCAGACUUUUGUAUUUCCAAAAUUGUUUCUUUCUGGAUGCACUUGUUUUUGUUUUGGUAUAAAUAGGGGCCUAGAAUUAUAUUUACAGUGACCUUUAACCUCUGUCUCUAGGAAUGUGGAACUGAAUGAUACUUUUGCUCCCGCAGCAGACUAAAAGAAAUGCGGUGUAGCAAGAAUAUGAAUAAUUGAAAUAUGUUUGGGGUUUAUAGAUCUUAAACUCUUUGAUGAGGAAAUACAGUCUUGUGUAUUUGGUUUGGCUGUACUGUUUUGAGUUAAUUUUAGGGGUAACUUUGAGAAUCAGUUUUAAAAUUCCAGCCCCAGAUGACAGUCCUUUGCUUAGUCAUGGGUUAGGUGUAGUGCCACAUGAUCCUGAGAAGACUAGGAAUGGUUGCUGUUUAUUAACCUUGGUUGGUAGUGAUACUUGAGAAGAAAAAAUAACCACGCUACAUUCAUAAAGGUUGAACUGUUGCUGUGUUUCAAAAUUCUGUUUGCCUUGAAAUCUGGUAAUCUUUACUAAUCUUUUAAGGAAUCAUCAGAUGUGAUGUAUUUGAGAAUGAUAAGGCAGUAAAGGCUUAGAAAUGCUAACACUGUGUUAAGUUUUGUGGUGUUUUACUUUAUUUUCUAUACUUUUUGUUAUGAGAGCACUGGUAACUUCCUGAUCUUGACAAAUAAAAGAACUAGAACAGAGUAAUUUUUUAGAAAACUCUGUUUCUACAGUUGUAAAUAGUCUCAAGGGAACAAUAAUAUGUUUCAUGUGGAAAAAAAUUAAUAUGGACAGGAAGAAGGAUUCCCUCAACAUUCUCCACUCUUAACUCAUAUGAGC